GGCCGCGGGGUAACUCAGGGCUCCCGCCGCUCCCCAACCCCGCCUGGGACGGAGGCGCCGCGGACCCUGCCCGGGAGAGAGGCUUCCUGCUGCCUCCGAGGAGCCGAGCAAGGGAGGAAGGAAGGAAGGAGAGGGCGCUUCUUCCCGCCCCCGGAUCCGCUCCCCGCUGGCAGAGGCGCUGCUGGGCGGACGAGAGCAGCGCGCAGUCCUGGCCCAGGAAGGAGCCUCGUCCCUUCCCCGCCCGGGGCCAGGCGGAGCCAGCAGCGGAGGCAGCAGGAGGAGGAGGAGCAGCGGGUGAGAGGUCGGCUAGCUCCGGUCGCCCAUAGAGACGGCGGAGUCCCGAGUUGCGAGGGCGGCGGCGGCGGCCGGAGAAGGGGCUGAGGCGGCGAGGCGCACGAUUUUUCCAAAGGCCAAGUGCAAGAUUUGUCGUAGAGCAAGAAUUGGAAGCUAAUCACCUGAUUCCUAGUUGGUGCUUUAAUAGCCGGACUGUUCCUGUCAUUCACACUAGAAGUGCUUGAAAGAGCUCAGUGAAAAUGUCUAGCAAAACAUCCGGCACAACAAACAACAUAGCUCAGGCCAGAAGAACUGUUCAGCAGUUGAGAAUAGAAGCUUCUAUAGAAAGAAUAAAGGUGUCGAAGGCAUCGGCAGAUCUAAUGUGCUACUGUGAGGAGCAUGCCAGGAAGGAUCCUUUACUAAUGGGAAUACCUGCUUCGGAAAACCCCUUCAAGGAUAAAAAGACCUGCACUAUCCUAUAGGCUAAGCAGCAAAAUGCCUUCAAGACCCUCCCCUGCAACCGAGCAGAUCCUUAGAGAAGUAACCCGAAGGUUACCUGGUAUAAACCGCAUAAAACAGCAACUCAUUUACAUUUUGUGUUAAAAUGAACUUUUAAGUUUUCUAAAAAGGUCUCUUUUCUUUAUCGCAUUCUAAAUGGGGAUGCAAGGUUUAUAAAGUUACUUCUUGUCAAUGGAAUGGUUCUAAGAGCAUAGUUGGGAAUUGGAUUAUGUUGGCUUUGGGGGUUAUAAAGAGAGGGUUGGGUUGGGUUGGGUUUUACUUAAAAGUGCAAUGAGUGUUCACAAUUCCAGGUGUGAGGUUGAACAAUCAAGACCAAAGUUGCCUGAGCUUCAUUUUCUGACUAGUGAGGCAGACCAGCGUAGAGUCCUAAUCAAGCUUACUUUUAACAUUUUGAUUUUAUACCAGCGUAUAGCCUUGUAUAUGUAAUUGGUGUCUGUAUCUAUGGUCCGUGCGUAUGUUUGUUUAGAUAUAUACACGCAUUACAAAGUGCAUUCUUUAAGUACGCCCUUCAAAGUUUAUUGCUGCAUUUAUCAAUAACUCCUGCAGUUCAUGCCUUUUAUCAUCAAGUAUGUCUUAAGCUUUUUCACAAUGUCUUAAGGACUUGUAGACUUGUACUUAGUAUAAAUUCUUGUUCUCAAAAUGAUUUUGAAAGGUGACAUUUAUAGCCUUUGGUUCUUCUGCCUUCUCGCAUUUCCUCUGAAAUUUAGACUGUCACACAUGGAUUCUGAAAAUGGAGUCUAGAUAAGUUUCUCCUUUUUCGUUGUGCUUUAAGGGGGAAUCUGCCGCCUAACUUUCCUACGCACUUCCCUGUUGUGUUAAUUUUUCGGUAAGCAUCCAGGCUAUUUUCUCUCUCUCAUUGCUAAAUUCACGUCUAUCAAAUGCCAAAUAAUAUCUACAGAGGAGUGGGAGACUCUGGGUGCAAUCCGUGGUGCUAUUGCUUCUGCACAAGGCCUAUGGAAAACACUGGUGGUUGUGCUGAGGAAAUGCUUGAAAGGUUGCAGCAAUGCACAGUACUAAAUCUCUGAUGAAUGUAAAUGGUAUUAAAAUGUUUGUGUAGCCUUCGUGUGUUGAUGGAAUACUGAGUGGAAUGAAUCAAUAUCAACUUCUAAACCCAGGUAUGUAUCA